AUGGCAGUACCAAAGCAGGAGCGCUUAAUACUUUUUGACUUUGAUGAUGAAGAAGAUGAUGAUAUAAACUUUACUGAGAACGCUCUUUCUGAAGAUAAUGUUAACAAUUCUCUUCUUGAGAAGAGAAGAAGAAUCCAAAUGUACUCUCAAAAGAUUUACAAAGAGAGUAGCUACAAAAUGAGACAAUUUUGGAAAACCAGACAAAAGCUAUUGCUAAAGGUUUACAAUAAGUAUUACCAGCAGUUUAUGGAUCUGUUUAAGCAGUGGGACUUGGAUAAGCAGAGAUGUGAAAAAGAGCGAGACAACCUAAUUGUUGGUUGGUGGCAAUCCCAACAUUGUACAACUUGUACCACCUUGUACAGUGGAUGCUUUCAUGGGAAGAACAUGUCUGAAGAAACAUCGCAAGAACAUCAUAUAGAUAACUCCAAAUUCAAGUCUAUUCAGGGAGUUGUGACCUCUCUGUGUAAUGACUAUGGCUGGAUUAAUGAAACCAUCUUCUUCAAUACCGAUGUAAUCAGUGACAAUGUGCUUCUGAACAUAGGGACAAAUGUCCUUGCACUUGUGGAAAAAAAACCAAGAAAUCAUAUCUUCAAAGCAAUCAAGGUGAAAGCUAUGAAUAAUCUUCCUGAGGGCAGUGAGCCAUCAAAACUUGGCAGAAGGCUUUGUAUCAAAUGUGUCACCUCCAUAACUGAAGACAACAUCUAUAUCAGCAAGGACACGUUUUUCCCGUUAUGCAUGUUUUCUGGAGGAUUCAGGCCAUUCAAUGGAGAUUUGCUGCUGGUUGAGUAUUCCAUGAACCCGGGCACUUCAAACAUGAAUAUCCACUCUGCAAGCCCCCUCAACUCUCAGAAUAUGGAAGAGGUCUGUGUUACUUGCAUUGAUGGAAGAAAUGGCGUGGUAGAAGCCACCAUGUUUUUCACCCUCGACUCUCUCCAUACUCUCCCUGGAUAUACACUGGGUUUGUACGACAUUGUGAACACUACUGUGGUAGACAGCAUCCAAUCCCACUACACUUGCAGAGUGGUGUCUAUGACUCCAGUGAAUUCACUGUAUUAA